AUGACGCUGAGCUCUGUGGGGGCUUGCUGCCUCAGCCCGGAGGCCAAGGAGGCUCGGAGGAUCAACGAUGAGAUCGAGAGGCAGCUCCGAAAGGACGAGAAGCAGUCCCAUCGGGAAUUUAAGCUCCUGAUGCUGGGGACGGGCGAAAGCGGGAAGAGCACCUUCAUCAAACAGAUGAGGAUCAUCCAUGGCCGGGGAUACUCAGAUGAGGACAGAAGAGCCUUCACCAGACUGGUCUACCAAAACAUCUUUACAGCUAUGCAGGCCAUGAUCCAAGCCAUGAACACAUUACAGAUCCCCUACAAGUAUGAACACAACAAGUCACUUGUGGCUCCUGGGACUCACUGGCAGGAAGGAAUCAACGUUGGAGACGGCUGCAAGCUUGGUCCGGAGGUGUGA